GCGUCUCUGCACGUCAUAAUGUACAAAUAUAUGCGUGGGUCGGUCACGAUAUGCCGAAUGAUUUAAUGGACGGUCAAUUUAAAACCCGUCUCAACUAUCUAUACUGUCAGUGUCAGAAUGGCCGUCUUGCUGUACUUUUGUGUAAUAGUUUUCAUUUUGAAAUUGCCUCAGUCAGGCAAAUGCCUAACUGUGCAAGCCUUUUUUCGGAUCCAAGAUGGCAAAUAUUUGGCGAAUCAUGUCUUCGAAACAAAACACGCAGGAACUGCGUUAGAAUGCAGUAGGCACUGCGUUGCUCAUGGAUCAUGUGUGUCGGUUAACUACAAAACCUCUGGAGUCGGUAAAGGUCGAUGUGAGCUCAACAACAAGACUCUUCAAGACACAACUGACGAUCAUGAAAAUACGAGUAACUUUGAGUUCAAACACAUUUCUGUUGUCAAAAAGUUUCCUCCGAAAUCAAACCCACCAAGCAGCAAAGAAAUAACAGGAGAAACUUCUACAGGUGAUUUGAAUCAUGAUGAAUCUUGCACGAGUUUGCGGAGAAAAAACCCUUCAUCUGACAGUCGUGUGUAUUUUAUAAAACCAAAAGGGAUUAACGUCUCGGUUCAAGUUUUUUGUGAUAUGACUUCAAAGAAUGGUGUUGGUGUGACAGUGAUUGGACACAACAGUGAAACGAGAACAUAUGUGACAGGUUAUGGUCCUCCAGGUUCUUACCAGAGAAAGAUAAGUUAUGAAACUUCCAUGGAAGCUAUUGUUGCAAUUAUCAAUCAGUCCAAGAAUUGUGAGCAGUUCAUAAAAUACGAAUGUCAUCAUAGCGUCUUUCGGUACGGCUCAAAAGGUACGUACUAUAGUUGGUGGGUAUCAAGACAAGGUGCAAAGAUGAAUUACUGGGGAGGAGCGGCAAUCGAUAGUGAAAAAUGUGCCUGUGGAAUGACCAACAGCUGUGCAGGUGGAUACAAAUGUAAUUGUGACAAGAAUGAUGCAACAUGGCGUGAAGACAGUGGAUACCUGACAGACAAGAACACACUUCCUGUUACUGAACUGAGAUUCGGAGAUACUGCGACCUCUACAACGGAGAAGGGGUAUCAUACAUUGGGAAAGUUGCUCUGUUGGGAUUGAUAUCAAGCAGAAAACUACUAAAACUGGCAUUAAUAUUUUCAUUACCAGAAAUUCAGGACAUUAAUUAUCAUAAUGCCAGGAUUUCGCAAUCAAAGAUGGCUGCCUUGUUAUAAUGGAAUUAUAGGAACGAAAAAAAAUUUGAAAUUAAAGCAACUUCUAUCUUACAUAUUGCAGUUGCGGACUUCGAUAUAAAACGAGCAGUAACUCAGUACUUUUAUGAAUUUUUUUUACAUAUUUUUACAUUACUUUUAACAGGUUCCCCAGUAACAUCAUUUCAGCAACUAACCAUUAUAUCGCAAGUAUAUAAUUAUAAUUGUUAGUUGUUAAAUGACAUUACUUGGGAACAUGUUAAAAGGUAAUAUAGCUAAAUAUAAGAAAAAAUUUUCAUAAAAGUACUUAAUUUCUGCCCGUCUUAAAUUAAAGUCCGCAACUGCAAUAUGUAAGAUAGAAGUUGCUUUAAUCUCAAAUUUUGUCUCGUGCCUUAAAUAUAUAAUUCUAUAUAUUAUGACGAGGCAGCCAUCUUUGAUUGCGAAAUCCUGGCAUUAUGAACUUUUAAUUAAUGGCCUGAAUUCCUGGUUAUGUGUUUAUUGUGACUGGACAAUAUGUUUUCGCAUGCUCUUACUUAUCUCCAGUUUGACGUCAAUCUGUGACUCUCUCCUAUAUCCCUUUACAAUUUAACAUAGAUCCUGCCGUGUACUGCUUGCAAACCUCAUUCAUAGAAACCUGUGAAGUGCAAUGGAAGCGAAAUAUGAACAGUUUACAUUGACUGCCAGAAAAAAACACAUUAUUAGCAUGAAAUGCAUGAAAGAAAAUUAAGAGCAUAAAAUGCAUGCAUCAUUGAAUACUGUAAAUAAUUUUGAGGAAAGUAAUCCUCAAGCUAACUGAUAAUAUUCUAACACAGGAUAACGCAAGCAUCUACUAUAGUAAUUAAAACACCCACGACGUCCAUGUUAGAUUGCACUUCCUGUAAAACUUCUAUUUAAUACGUCAUCAGACAUCAGGAAUAGUUUAGUUCUUUUUCUUUCUUAAAUGUAUAUUUAGUAGGUUAUAGGGGGUGUGCACAACUAUUGCACGCGGUAUAAUAUUAGGAUUUACUUUUUUGACA